AUGACCCAUUCAAUGGACUUUACAGUUAUUGACAACCUGCGUACUUCAGCAUCUCGAGGUCAACAUGACCAUGUCAUUCAGGAGACCUUCGCCAUUGGCAACGAAUUGCAGAAUCUUCAACUCCAUGUACUCGACAUUCGAGCACGAUCGUAUGCCGCGUGUGCCCAAUUCGUCAAAGCCUUGGAUACGGCAAUUACAAUGCAGCAAUUGAAUCCAGCAUCAGCACUCGGGUAUCUAUGUCAAGGAUACAUCCAUAUGGAACAAGGACGACACAUUGCAGCAUCCCACGUGUAUGACAAAGCACUCGAGCGUGUUGAUAAGCAUGAUUCAUUGUAUGAGACGAUUCAGGCAGCCAAAACAAAAGCCAUGCAGCAAGGUGAAAAGCGUAAAGAUUUUAUAUGCGACUUUCCUAUGGAGAUCAGCACUCGUAUCAUCGAGCAGUUGUUUACUAGCGACCAAUUCGAUCAGCAGCGGCAAUACGUCAUGGUGUCAUGGUCGUGGUGGCAUCGUAUCAUGGCAUCCAACCAGCUUGAAUACGACAUACGAUCGAAUCUUCCAUUGGAUGAAACCAGCGAUAUGGUGAUUCAAUCGUUCAAUUACGCGCGAUCUCUUAGUGUCUUCUCUUGCGAGGCACAAAUGCGUCAACUCUUUGAAAAGUAUCACUUUGAACGCUUGACAACAGUUGCAUUUCACACUUUCAAUGCGUAUGCUCUUGGUGAAAGCUUUCUAGCAUGGGAGGGGAUCAACAUGCAAUUAACAGAUCUCACACUUGGCAAUCAUGGACAUGCACACAUUUCCCAACCUCAUGGAGCAUACACACUUCAACUGCAAUACAUCUUGGAAAAGUGCCCCAAUUUGAGAGCAUUGCAUUGUCUAGGAAUGAUCGACAUUUCACUCAUGGGUGGCACGUACCCAAAGCUUCAAGAGCUCAGGCUGGACGAAGUGGCAGGAACAGUGGGUAACCAGCACAUGAUGAUGAUUCAGCAACACCUACCUGGUUUGGAGAUAUUCGAUAUGGCAAUCCCAAAGAGCUUGCGACCGUUGACUGUGAAUGAUACAUGGCUCCCUUGCAUCCGUCAUUUACAUUAUGGAGACCGAUUCGGCAUUUAUCUAAACGGACUCGACAUAAAGCAAGUUCGAUACCAUGGAUUGGUCUCUCUUUCAAUUCCGUACACCAACCUAUUUUCGCUUGAUGAUAUUGCACCCUUCAUCAUUGAUCAUCAUGUGACGUUACAGGUUUUGACGCUCAAGGCCACGUUGGAUACAACACAAACACGCAAUAUGAUGGAUGCCAUGCACAAUUAUCAAGACAUUGAAUUUAAGCGACUGCAAGUAUUAACGGUGAACAUCCUAUCGACAAUCGACAACAUUGAGCCAUAUUCCGAUUUCAUCAGCUGGGGCAUCGAGCGUGCUCCUUAUUUACGACAAGGACAUGACGAUUAUGAUACACUCGUGGCAGAGUUUGUGGAAGCCCAUGUCGACUAUAUGGCUGAUAAAGGAGGAUCACGUUUACAAUCGAUCAACGUUCGGCUCCAGGAACCACACCCAAAGCUCAUUGAUGAUAUACGAGAAAUGAAAUGCUUGACCAAUUUGAAAUUGUUUACCAGCAAUCUUGCAUCAGAGUCAUUUAUCAAGUUGUUUGAGUCCCUACGCCAAGGAUGCGAAGGUCUGGUAACGCUAUCUAUUGUAAAUCGUUGCCUUAUGCCGAAUCGGGUUCUCUAUCAUAUUGCCGUGCUAUCCAAUCUCAGGAGUCUUACAAUUACCGGAGGCAUUCAUGAUGCGAACACCAGUAUUUUGAGCUUGCGACGAUGCCGCCAUUUGGAACACCUCGAUGUCGCUUGCGAAAUUGAUGAAGAUAUCCUGUCCCUACUGCAUGAAUGCAAUCCACGUUUAAAGAUAAUGGCCCCAAACAGCUUUUACUAG